UACUCCUUUUAACAGUGAAAGUUGAAUAAAUAAAAAUACGAACCAGAGAUGAAUUUUCGGGUCUCAAAGUUAGGUCAGCGGCAGGCUACAGAAUCCAGUCAAAUAUGAACAUCCUAUAAUUACUUUAAAAACAUUCCUAUUUUCGUAUAUUUUCUUUUCUUUCUUUUUUUUUUUUUGGGGGGGGUCUCCGAAAUUUCAAUUAACAAAGAAAAAAGAGACAAAACGAAAAGGUAGUUGGUUAGUGUAAAUCAAGGAUGCUAGAGCAGUUGCUUAUAUUUACAAGAGGAGGGUUAAUCCUCUGGACAUGCAAAGAGCUUGGAAAUGCUUUAAAAGGGUCACCAAUUGACACUUUGAUUCGAUCCUGCCUUUUGGAGGAACGAUCUGGUGCUGCAUCAUAUAAUUAUGAUGCCCCUGGUGCAGCUUAUACCCUUAAAUGGACUUUCCAUAAUGAGCUUGGCCUUGUGUUUGUUGCUGUGUAUCAGAGGAUCCUCCACCUGUUGUAUGUGGAUGAGUUGCUUGCAAUGGUUAAGCGUGAGUUUUCGGAGAUUUACGAUCAUAAGCGGUUGGAGUAUAACGAUUUUGAUGAAACUUUUAGGCAGCUUAGGAAAGAGGCAGAAGCUCGAGCUGAGGAAUUGAAGAAAUCGAAGCAGGUAGGUAAGCCUGUCAAUGACGGAAAGAAGCAAGGGCUUGUGAGAAAAGGUGGGUUUCAAGGAGGGAAUAAGAAAAAGAUUGAUGGAAAUGAUGGUGGUGAUGAUGAUAAUGGAAAAGGGUACAAGUUGGAGAAUGGUCACUCCAAUGGUAAUCUUGUCGAUAUUGAAGGGUCUAGGUCAGGUGUUGCUAAUGCUAACGGUAAAGAAAAUGCAAGUUCUAACAUUGCAGCUUUUGAUGUAACUAAGCUUCAAAAGCGGGGUAAAGGUGCAAAAAAAAUUGAUACUGUCGUUGUUAGUAAGGGUCCCAAUGUGGACCCAAAGAAAAAGAUAACAAAGAAGAAUAGAGUUUGGGAUGAUUCGCCUUCAGAGUCAAAAUUGGACUUUACAGAUCCUGUGGAGAACGGGAAUGAGAAUAUAGAAGUUGUGGCAACUGAUCAUGGUGAAAGCAUGAUGGACAAAGAAGAUAUUAUCAGUAGUGACAGUGAGUCCGAAGAUGAGGAAGUGGGAAAAGAAAGCAAGCCUGGUGCCAAGAAGAAAGGAUGGUUUUCAUCUAUGUUUCAGAGUAUUGCAGGAAAGGCAAAUUUAGAGAAGUCAGACCUGGAACCAGCUCUGAAAGCUCUCAAGGAUAGGUUGAUGACCAAGAAUGUGGCCGAGGAGAUAGCUGAGAAGCUUUGUGAGUCAGUUGCAGCUAGUCUUGAAGGUAAAAAGCUGGCAUCUUUCACGAGGAUAUCUUCAACAGUGCAGGCUGCAAUGGAAGAAGCUCUUGUUCGCAUUUUAACUCCUAAGCGUUCUAUUGACAUACUGAGGGAUGUGCAUGCUGCCAAGGAACAGAAGAAACCAUACGUUGUUGUUUUUGUUGGUGUCAAUGGAGUUGGGAAGUCCACUAAUCUUGCUAAGGUAGCAUACUGGCUUCUGCAGCAUAAAGUUAGUGUUAUGAUGGCUGCUUGUGAUACAUUUCGGUCUGGAGCUGUUGAGCAACUGCGCACUCAUGCGCGUAGACUUCAGAUCCCAAUAUUUGAAAAGGGCUAUGAAAAAGAUCCCGCAAUUGUAGCAAAGGAAGCUAUUCAGGAGGCUGCACGCUAUGGUUCUGAUGUGGUUCUUGUUGAUACUGCUGGUCGAAUGCAGGAUAAUGAACCAUUAAUGAGAGCUCUCUCAAAGCUUAUUUAUCUCAACAAUCCAGAUUUGGUCUUGUUUGUUGGAGAGGCAUUGGUUGGAAAUGAUGCUGUCGAUCAACUAUCAAAGUUCAAUCAGAAAUUAGCUGACCUCUCUACUUCACCCAAUCCAAGGUUGAUAGAUGGGAUUUUGCUUACCAAGUUUGAUACAAUUGAUGAUAAGGUUGGAGCUGCACUGUCAAUGGUUUACAUCUCCGGUGCACCAGUCAUGUUUGUAGGCUGUGGGCAAUCUUAUACGGAUCUCAAAAAGUUGAAUGUGAAAUCUAUUGUCAAGACACUCCUCAAAUGAAUAGGGUCUCCUCUCUAAUUAACAUUUGUCGGGUUUAUUAUGUUAUUUCCUUUGUCAUGCCCUCCGUCCUGUUAUGAACAGAUCAAAGUCUGCCAAACUUCUAUGUUUGCCCCUUUUUUUUCCCGGUAUGUUAUCGGAGGUGAAUCAGUCCCUUGUUGCUGUAAGAUAUGGUAGUUAAUUAAAUAUUUAUUUUUCAA